UACCGCAAGUGCAAUUUUAUUUGCUCUUUGAUAUGCAAAGAAUAGAUGAAUUGCAAGUGGUCAACUCCGCCAGACCUUCACUGGCUUCAGCUUCACUGUCAGUAUUUCUGCCGUACAGUUACAUAUUAGGUACUUAAAGCGUAGGCUUUUAAGCCGAAAACUGAAGCAACUUGGAAAUUUUUACAUCAGUUAAAGAAACAUAGUGCUAUCAAAAAAAAUUGAAGCAUUUACCUACUGCGCAGUGUCUUUAUUAUUUAUUCAUUAUUUAUUAUUAAAAUAAAGUAUUGGUUAUCAUUAAUAUUUUGACAUUUAUAUUAAUAUAUGGUUCUUUGUUUCAUGUUCACAUGGCCCUGUGUUUCCUUUUAUUUAGGUUGGACUGCAGUUGCAACUUGGAAGUGGAUAGCCAAUGAUGACAAUUGUGGGAUAUGUCGAAUGCCAUUUGAUGGAUGCUGCCCCGACUGUAAACUGCCAGGAGAUGACUGUCCCCUAGUCUGGGGCCAGUGCUCACAUUGUUUCCACAUCCACUGCAUUGUGAAAUGGCUGAACUCCCAACAGAUAAACCAGCUUUGUCCAAUGUGCAGACAAGAAUGGAAGUUUAAAGAAUGAACUAUGUGUAGGUCUUCUUGAAAGACUUAUUCUUCCAAGCAGGAAAUCCUGUGUCAACCAUCUUCAUGCUGUGACCAAGCAUUAAUGGAUACCAAGGGCAAUAAUCUGAAGUGUCAAAGACCCAGGUCAAGAAUUGACAAAAUAUUCUAAAAUGUAUCAAAAAUCAUUCACAUUAUCCACAAUUUUUUAUGUCUUUUGAGAAAACUAUUUUCAGGCAAAUAUCAGUCCCAAAGAGUUAUAUAAUUUGUUUCAAAUUUCUUUAGAAGUCAAAUGAGUGAAGGUCAUUUGGAAAGCUUAUGUGGCUCAUGCAGACUAACAGUCUCAAACAGUUUAUUGAGAAAUUGUGUUUGAUAAAGAAGAGAGACAAAAUUGUUGCAUGGAAAAGAAUACAACUGAUGGACUUGUGUAAGGACAAAAAAAAAUUGGUUUGAAAGUGUUAAUAUUUUGAAUUUAGGUCUAACACAUAAAUGAUAUUCCUUGUUACACAUUUAUUGUGAAUAAAUAAUGAGAAGCACAAUUAAAAUGCCACUUAUAAUAUAUGCUUGUAAAAUAUAAGCUUUUGAUCCUUUAUA